AUGCUCUCGGCGCUGCGGCAAAGAGUGAGCCUCGUACCUCGUCUCGCUCCUGCGCAAAUAUGCCGCGUGAGUAUGAUAUCAAUACAGAAAGCGCAAGAAGAUGAAGCCAUCAAGGUCCUCGACGAAAUUCAAGCUCCUGCCGCACCCGAAGAGCAACCUAUGCAGACUGUUGUUCAACAACGCGCCGACCUCGACGUCAUGCACCAUCACAUCCCACCAGCACAAUCCCCUAUCCUUCAAUUAUUCAUUAGCUGGAUCAUGAAGGACGGCAAACGCGCUACUGCCGCGAAGCGAAUCUCUGACAUGCUGCUCCGUAUCCAUAUUAUGACGCAGAGCCAACCACUUCCUAUUGUAGAGGCCGCUGUUGAACGCGCAUCUCCUGCAGUAUGGGUUAGUAGAAUGAAGAAGGGUGGAGGAAAGACUAUUGUCAAACCAAAACCCCUCAAUGAGAGGCAGAGAGCGAGCUGGGGUGUGUAUUGGAUCAUGGAAGGAGCAAAUAAGAAAGGAAGACCGGGCAAGGAUAUUGCGGACAGACUGGCCAGAGAAAUCAUUGCAGUACUUCAGGAUACCCCAGGAGAGCCAAAGGUUUGGGCCAAUAUGCAAAAGAAGAGGAUACAUGAAGAGGCAUUGACUAAUAGGGGUAACUUGGCAAAACGAUAG